ACAAUACACAAGUAAAUCUUUUUCUUUAGAGGCACUGUUUAACCGUGCUAAUAUUUCCUAACGGAUUUAUUUAAGCGGCGGACUGAAUUCAAUACCGGAAGUUGUGUUGUUUAGGAAUAUUCGAGUAAUUUCGGGUUAAUGGCUCUUCCAGGUGUGAAUAAAGACAACAUCCGCGCCGGGUGUAAAAGAUGCGGUUAUCCCGGUCACCUGACAUUCGAGUGUCGGAACUUUGUGCGUGUGGACCCCAGGAAGGACAUCGUGCUGGACGUGAGCAGCACCAGCAGUGAGGAGAGCGAGGAGGAGGUGCAGCAGGAAGUUCACAAGGAGAAGAUCUUUGGGAGCAGCAGCUCAAAAGAUUCCAGAAAAGAGAAACAUAAAAAGAAGAGCAAAGAGCGAUCUCACCGAAAGGCAAAGAAAAGGUCUCAUUCAACCAGUGAUGAUGAUGAUGAUGAAGAAGUGAACAGGAAGAAAAAGAAGAAAAGCCACAAGAAAAAAGGCAAAAAGGAGAAGCGAGAGAAAGAGAAGCGGGGCGUGAAGAAGCGUAAGAAGAAGCACACACAGGCCUCUUCAUCUUCAUCCUCUUCAUCCUCUUCCUCCUCCAACAGCUCGAGCAACUCCUCAGAUACAGACUGAAGCUCUUUCUGUUCCUCAUCUUCAUCCAAUACUUCAUCCUGCAGAACAAAUCCACUGCCACAAAACGCCUUUGUCAUUUAAACAGCCACCCGUGAGCGUGAGUGCAAAAGUUUGUGCACCUCCUGGAGUAAAGGAAGAUGAAUAACUGCUGGAGUGGGUUUUUGGGGGGUUACAAACUUUUGCACUUUUUCAGUAAUAAAUUAUUUUCAUUCCUUUUCUUCUGUGAGCAGAAACGUCUUUAUUCGUCUCUGUAUUUUUCAGACUGUUGUUAGAUUUUGUACUGAAAUAAAAUGAGUGAGUUCA